AUGUCGUCCUCUCACACGACACUAGAUGCGGCUGCUGCGGACCGCAAAGCUCGUCUUGCGAAGUUAGCGUCCCUGAAGAGACAGCGAAGCGAGACGGAGAGCGAGCCAGCAGACCAAACAGCCAGCAGCUCGACACCCAAAUACCUGUCCGGACGAAACUACGACUGGGAGACCAAGGGAGCGAAGCUUGGAUUCGAAAAUGACCCUUCUCAAGGCGCAGAGACACUAGAAGACAAGGCGGCUGAGAUCGCUGCAGCAACAGCUCAGGCGGCCCAGGAGAAUGAAGACGCAGAGAAACCCAUUGACCUGUUUAACUUGCAACCGAAGAAGCCUAACUGGGACCUUAAACGAGACCUUGAACAAAAAAUGAAAGUUUUGGACGUCAGGACGGACAACGCAAUAGCCAGGCUUGUGAGACAACGGAUACAGAACUCCCAGGCUGCCGCUGCGGCUCGUGGGAUAGACGGGGAUGGAGAGGCCGCUGGGAUUGACGGUGAAAUGCUUGUACAGGGAAUACAUACGCGCGAACGGGACGAGGCAGAGCAAGGGAACGAAGAGGAUUAG